CACCCACAAUCUACAAUCUACUAGCUCAAACAUACUCUCAAAGCCUCUCGGCUUCUCUGCUCCAAUUCCAUCAACGGCAUACUGCAAAUCAUUCGCAACCUUACUAACCGGAUCCCUUCACUGGGCCAUCUACAGCAUUUUCGACGACGACCAACCAACCCAAUUUAAGCGGAUAUGGCAACUGCAUCAGUAUAUACACCAAUCAAAUCUCGCCGUGAUGGCAUCUUCUCCACACGCCUCGCUGGUGGUCGUAUUCCUCUGACUCCCUCACCAAAGACGCCUCGCACUCAGGCUGUCCGGGAGCAGACAGAAAGCAUCCACCAUGGCAACGUGAACUUGCUCUCAAAGUUCUCGCGAUCGGUAUCCAAGACCAAUGUGCGCGACUCUCCUAAGUCCAACAUUGCCAGCCGAGCGACACAGUCGCCGCGAAGACUCGACCACAUCACAAGCGAGUACACACUCGCCGGAACUGGUCCCCGGCCGAGCACCGCAACCUCCACAAAGAACACACCUUCAAGGUCAAGAAGCGGUCGCUCAGGCUCGGUCCACCGCACACCCAAGCGGAACCAGAGCAAGGUCUACUACAAUGCUGCUGAUCGGUUUAUUCCAAACCGUGACGCCAGCGAGGCCAUUUCUACUUCCGGGGCCGCUCUCAGACUCGACAACGAGCGCACUCCCGGACGUCGGCCCAAGUCAAGCGCGAACGAUGGGUCGGUAGCUCUUGCAUCGAGCAUUACCAACGCGUUUGACCUUGGCCGACCACAAUCCUCCUCGGACAUUGUAUCUUCUCUCAACUUCGACAACCUCAACCUGGACGAUAACGAGGACGAGCCACAGGCGAAGCGCAGCCCUAACACCCUUGCCUACCAGCAAUCAGUUGCUGAGGCUUGCGGUGUCAGCAUGAAGCAACGUAUCCUUGCCUUCAAGCCUGCUGCUCCUGAGUCCUCCCGCCCUAUCGACCUCCGAUCACAAUACAACCGCCCUCUCAAGCCUGCCGCGGCCUCUGCUUCCCAAUUCCGCCGCCGUGUCCUCACUGCCCCAGAGCGAGUUCUUGACGCUCCUGGUCUUGUUGACGACUACUACCUCAACCUUCUUGACUGGUCAUCUGGAAACCAGGUCGCCAUUGGUCUCGAGCGCAACGUGUACGUCUGGUCCGCUGAGUCCGGCUCCGUCGCUAGCCUUCUCGAGUGCCCCGAGGACACCUACAUCUCCUCCGUCAAGUGGAGCGCAGACGGUGCCUACGUUGCUGCUGGCCUUGGCACAGGUGAAGUUCAAAUUUGGGAUGUCGAAGACGGUACCAAGCUCCGCUCUAUGUACGGCCACGACACCCGUGUCAGCGCUAUGGGCUGGAACAAGCACAUUCUUUCCACCGGCGCCCGCUCCGGCCUUGUCUACAACCAUGAUGUCCGCAUCGCCCAGCACAAGGUUGCUGAGCUCGUCUCGCACACCUCCGAGGUCUGCGGUCUCGAAUGGCGCGCCGAUGGCGCUCAGCUCGCGACUGGUGGCAACGACAACCUCGUCACCAUCUGGGAUGCCCGUCAAUUGACUGCACCUAAGUUCCAGAAGACCAACCACAAGGCUGCGGUCAAGGCUCUGGCCUGGUGCCCAUGGCAAUCAAACCUCCUCGCCACCGGCGGAGGCUCCCACGACCGACAAAUCCACUUCUGGAACACGACAUCUGGCGCACGUGUCAACAGCAUCGACACCGGCAGCCAGGUGACUUCUCUUCGAUGGAGCUUGGGCUACAAGGAGAUCGUGUCAUCAUCUGGAUUCCCCGACAACAGCCUGUCGAUCUGGAGCUACCCUACCUUGGUCAAGAACAUCGAGAUCCCAGCCCACGAGUCGCGUGUUUUGCACUCAGCACUUUCCCCCGACGGUCAAAUGCUCGCCACUGCGGCUGCUGACGAGUCGCUCAAGUUCUGGAAGAUCUUCGAGAAGAAACCUGGCUCUAGCAGCAUGAUCUCUGGCAGCGCCAGCACUGCCAAGGCUAGCCUGACCAAGGCGACCACGAUCCGAUGAGUGCCCCGAUCGAGUGCUUGCUACGUCUUUCUUGUCAUUAUUCCAUGGUUUGCGAUUCACGUGACUUCAUCUCUGUCAUUUUGGACGAUAAGGUCCAUGAUCAUGGCCUGCGUAUGAUUUUACGGAUAUUGGCAAAGGGGGAGUUGGAUUUUGCGACCAGCUUGUUUUGCCGGCGUUUAUGAUUUUCGAGUUGAGGGCUUCACUGCGUCCAGCAGGCAUCUAAUGCGUGCUUCCCGUUUAUGCACCGCAAUGUUUUUGGAUCAUGAUCGAUCGUUUCUAGGGACCAGGUUGGCCCCAUCGGAAGAGAUGCAAUACAAUUAUUCUGAUUUUUCGCGUGCUUUAAGCUGCUUUCUACCAUCGCUUCUCCACAAGUGCUACAUGAUCAUGUUCACUAAAUGUAUGAAUGUAAGCAUCUGACGUUCCUGUAGUUGACCGCUAUCAUUGGGUCAUUCAGAACCUAUGCGGGACACAUUACCACAAUAUGAGCAUGAAGUUUG